UCGAAACUGACCAGCUUUACCACCGUCUAACCCACACACUCGCGAACUCCUGCUCCCCCGACCCGGAAGAUAUCGUCUACAACAUCUCGUGAACCAUGAACAACGUCAAUAUGGCCAAUAUGAAUGCCAUGGGCGGUCCUGUUCGUGAUGCCCCAAUGGUCAUGAUGAAUAGUUGCGCAGUUGCGCCACAUGGCGCUCCGAGACAACUUCGGGAGAAUGACAACAAGCGGACACAACUGAACACUUACAUUUACGAGUAUUUCCUCCGCUAUGGCAUGCUUGACUGCGCGUACGCCAUUCUCAACGCCGACUCCGACGUCAAGGUCCAGAAGCAUAGCCCCGGCAGUCGUCGCGACGACCAAGGCGACUGGCUGAGCAAUGCCCUCUCCGAUGAAUCCAUCGACACUGGUUUGGACUCCAAACGCUCAGAGCUUCUUCCUGCUCCUAAUGUUCCCAACCUGUCUCCAGACGGCUGUUUUCUCUAUGAAUGGUUCUGCCUCUUCUGGGACAUAUUCAAUGCUCAAAAGGACGAGUGUGGAAGUAGUGAAGUGAAUCAAUAUGCCAGUCAUAUGCAGCAACAAAACAAGCUAAUGUCGAAUGCUAGCUGCUUGCAGGCCCAAGGUUGCUCACUGCUACCGCAUGCUCCUGACGGGACCAACCUCAACGCUUUCUACAACUCCGGCGAGAUGGGUGCAGGUGAUAUGACGCCCGGGACCCCGGGUGGUCAAGCUGGUGGUGGAAGGAAUCGAGCUUUGCAAGAUUACCAGAUGCAGCUGAUGUCGAUGGAGCAACAAAACAAGAAGGGGCUCAUAGCGCGACAAGACACGAGUGGUCUGCCUCGGAAUGACGGAGUGCCUGGCGGUCGGGGCGGUCAAGGGUCUCCAGGAGGUCCACAGCCUUUCCAACGGCCCGCUCUGCAAGGGGCAAAGCCAGGAGCGUCGCCUAAUGCCGCGGACCAGAUGAAACGUGGCACUCAACAGAUGAACAUCACUGCCAAUCAAAUAAACCCCAACUUGGAGCCGCAUUUCUUCAAAGCAGGCAUGGGCGGCAUAAACGGUAACAUGGCUGCGGUGCAGACGAAUGGCUGGACGCGACCUCCUAGUUCACACCCUAGUCAAAAGUUCAAUGGUCAAACGAACCGGCAACAAGUGGCGGCGACACAGGCACAAUGCCAGCAGCAAGAGCAGACUGUUCAAAAAGGUGGUUUGAUGCAGUGGCAAGGCGAUCCGAACGGAAACCAGAUUCCUCAGGCUGCUCAGGGCCAAGUCCAGGUCCAGGGCACACCGCAACAACGGUCUGUGGCCCCGUCAUCCGCACCGACCAAGGCGAACGACAGCGCCAAGUCAAGAAGCACCACUCCGUCACCACCACAGACGACGAAGACUGCCCCGCCAACUCCUUCACAGCGUAACAAGGCCGCUCCCAAGAAGGAGGCCGCUCCCAAGAAGGGGACCGCUCCCAAGACGAGGACCAAGAACAUCAAGAGCAAGAUGGUGACUCAGAAGACGUCGAAGUCGAAUCUCAGCUCUGGAGCGACCCUUGCUGUGGAAACUGCUCCGGGCCCAGUGCCUCCUGUUAACCCAGUCAGCUUAAAGAAGCAGGGGCAGGAUACUGGUCCUGCACAGGUUGUGCCCAUCGGACAGCCAGCAGCACCGCCUGCACCUGCUCCCAUCGUGGCUCGGCCGCAUGCUGACUUGACUCAGAACGUGACAUUCAGCAUGGACAACCCUGACAUAACUGUAACUCUUGUUCUCUCGUUGGUUCCUAAUCGAGUAACUGAUAUGGCCGUAGGACUUCGGCUCCAUGGACUUCGCCAACCUCCCUGCAUCUGGUGAUGUUCUCCACGGUUUCGACUUCGAUUCUUUUCUGCAAAACAGCGUAGAGGAGACCGGAGGAUCCCACUUCAAUUAUGCAACGUUUGAUAUGGAUGCCGGUGAGAUCGACGGGGACUAACUCGUUCACAACUCUCCGGAAACAGCCAAUGGAU